CCUUGUUCUUCUGAAUUGAAUUCAAGUACUACUCAGAGGUAUUUCAUGAUCUGCAUUGGCUUUGUUGACGAGUCGUGAGCCUGUCAACUUGAUGACUGCAAUUUCGGGGAGCACCCGCUGACUAAGCAGACUAUCUGUCCUGACGAGAAGCUGCCAGUACGCGUAACGUCCGGAGCACAUCCCUGGCCAAUCAAGCUUAAAAGCUCACCUUACACCUUGAUCCUCAACACCCAUUGCACCACCCCUUCAACCAUGGCGGCCAAGUACGCUGCGCAGGACCUCUCAGACGCGGCAUUAGGAGGUCCAAUUGGCCUGAAAGAUGGCUACUUUGUCGACAACUACGGGCGCACCCUCACGCUGCAUGGCCUUAACAUCUCCGGGGCAAGCAAGCUGCCCACGACGCCCAAUGGCCUGUCUCAUCUCACCGACGGCUUCUUCGAGCACCGGACAGUGACAUUCAUCGGCAGACCGUUUCCUCUUGGAGAUGCGCCGCUGCACUUCAGACGGUUGCAGGCUUGGGGCUUGCCGCUGAUCCGCCUGCUUGUUACGUGGGAGUCAAUUGGACACUCCGGGCCGGACCCGGAGACUGAUGUUGAUUUGGAGUAUAUCGACUAUCUGCGCCAGCUCAUUGAGAUCAUGCCGAAAUAUGGUAUCAAGUGCUUUAUCUGCGCUCACCAGGAUGUGUGGAGCCGGUUCAGUGGCGGCAGCGGGGCACCCGGCUGGACGUUUGAGGUUGCUGGGCUCGAUGUCGAGGCCUUCACUGAGACUGGUGCCGCAUAUGUGCAUGGGCAGGAUGAUCUGAGGAGAGCUACGGCGCCUGUGAAUGAGAAGGAGCCGAGCGGUCCGUUUGUGUGGCCAUCUGGGUACCAGAAGAUCGCUGCAUCGACCAUGGCGACGCUGUUUUGGGCGGGCGAAGCUCUGGCGCCAAAGCUGCAAUGUCAGCGGUCGAAGAAUGGCAGUGAUGAGACUGUUUCGGCUCAGGAGUUUCUUCAAAGUGCCUUUAUCGAAGCUUUUGGCCGGCUCGCUGAUGAGGUGGCUGGUCUCGAGGCAUGCGUUGGAUUUGAGCCGUUGAAUGAGCCACAUCGAGGUCUCGUCAAUCUUCAUGGGUUCGACGGUUGGAACUAUGAUACCGACCUUCAUAUCGGAUACUACCCUUCCUUGACACAAGCACUCGCACUUGCCAGUGGCUACGCUCAAGAAGUCAAUUAUUACGUCAAGUCUUGGCCGUUCCCUACUCGUAUUUCUCACAAAACUGUCGUCGACCCUAAGGGAAGAUCUGCUUGGCUGGCUGCUAAGCCAAGUGCAUCGGAACCACAGAAUUACGGUCUCGGCGAGUGUGUAUGGCGCGCUCAUGGCGUCUGGGAAUGGGACGAAGCCAAAAGGGGCCCAAAGAUUCUGCAGCAGGAUUACUUUGAGGUCGACCACCGGCCGGGCCGUGAAGGCAAGCCGCUGGAAUGGUACCGCGACUUUUACGGUCCCUUCCUCAAGCGCUUCUCGGAGCGUGUCUCACGGAAGUCUUCCCGCCAGUUCUGCUUCUUCGAGCCGAUCCCAAAUGAGUUUGUGCCCCCUUGGGUUGGCCAGGACGGCAAGGUGGACGAAGCCGGACAGAAGCAGACAUACGCGACCAAGACAAUCAUCGACACCCCGAGGCCAGGAAAUCUCGUCUUUGCUCCUCAUUUCUACGACCUCAACGUAUUGUUCAGCAAGCAUCACUCGUGGAUGAGCGUCAACGUACAAGGCCUCUCCAGGGGCAUGUUCAUCUUGAAAGCGCUCUACUUCGGCGCUAAAGCGCUCCGCCAAAACUACCGCACGCAGCUCGCCAACAUCCUAAAGUAUGGGCAAAAGUCGCUGGGGACCCACGUGCCUGCCCUCAUCGGCGAGGUCGGCAUACCCUACGACAUCAACGGCGGCGAAGCCUUCAAGACGGGCAACUACGAUAAGCUGCGGGAGCUCAUGCACGCGCUCGUCUCGGCCAUGGAGGACAAUAACCUGGCCUUUACGCUGUGGAAUUAUAACCCUGAUAAUCGGGUGGAGUACGGCGAUGGGUGGAACAAGGAAGAUUUCUCUGUCGUUAACGGCGACACUGAAGCGAAGCCGGGCCACAUUCUGCCAGACUAUGCUAACGCAGCACAUGAGGAUAAUGAGCUGUACCGCGGCGGGAGGGUGCUGGACGUGAUUAUUCGUCCUUACGCCGUCAAAAUUGCAGGUCGCCCCGUUCGCUCGGAUUGGGACCCGCGGACCCUCCAUUACGAAUUCGAAUGGACUUCAGAGGCCGAGACCGACGUCAAGAAUAGCAAAAGUCAACCACAAAAGUCACGGACGACGGAGAUCUUUGUGCCAAAGUACCACUACGCGCAGCGCAACAUCGACAUCAAGGUCAGCGACGGAGAGUGGUCGUAUGAUCCUGAUCUGGCGACGUUGUAUGUGCAACAUGACGGAAGUAAGAGCACGCACCGCUUGACGAUUGAUAUUACGAACAUCCCGAGGCAUCUGAUGGAGACUGUUGAGAGAAGGAGGCGGGCGUUCCCGCCUAGUUUCCCGCUGAGUCUCAUAUCGCCUAGUACGGAGCUUGCGAUUGGGGAGUUGAUGAUGCCGAUGUUGUUGCCUGGGCUUCUCGUCAUUUUCCUAGCUGUUGUGACGAUGUUUGUCUAGGGGCGGAGGGUUAAUUCGCAGCAGAAAGGUAGUUGCGGUAGACUUUUGAAGUUGAUGGGGUUAGAUAUCGGGUGCUUAAAUGAACUUUGUAAGAGACCUAAGGUCAGAGGCUUGAGUAUGGGCUCAUGUCUCUUUGACUUUGAGAAUGGAAGUACGCUGCCCAACGUCGAAAGCUGACAAGCGAAUCGUGUGAGAAUUCACGGGUCGCCAUUUUGACCCGCAUAGUCAUGAAGUACCUAGUAUCACCGAUUCUCCGCCUUAAUCCUGGCCUGAAACUGACCUCUCAGACGCGACUUCAAGAUAUAGUAAGAUAGAGUGGACGGUGAACAUUGAAUAUCAGAACCAAGAGGCAUCUGAAGUUCAUAUGCAAGGGGCCACUUUUAUCCGUCUC